AUGGUAACAAAUGUUGUUAAAAACACUGGUCCUCAAACAUCAAUUGCAAGAAAUAGGAGAAAACUUAUUCUCAAAGCGAAGAGGGAUUAUCGAAACGGUAUCAGAUUAAACAACCUCACUUCCCAUUUAAAUAUUAAUUUUACAUCCUCUGCAACAUAUGAAACCACUGUUAAAAUGGCUAUGGCUAGAAAGAGAAGGAAGAUAAUCUUGGAUAACAAAAAAAGAUUGAGAAAUUUCAUCAAUACUGAAGUUAGUGAGUGCGCAGAUGCAAAUUCAAGACGCAAGAAUUCAAAUUAUGGGGUUCAAUUUUCAAAUAACAUUGUUAUUCAAAAUCAGAACAUGGAUCAUGCAUCUACCUCAAAUCAUAAUAUGUCAGUUGAGUCUCAUUAUCAGGACAAUGAUGACUCCAACUCUGACAAUAAUUUAAAUUCUUCUAAUAGUUCCGACUCUGAGGAGGAUUCAGUGCCUGCACAAUUACAGGAGGCCCAUCUUCAAGAAUAUUACGAUAUUGGAGACCAAAAUUAUGAAUGCGCACACUGCCAAGCAUGUAUGUGGUACCAAGAAAAAGUAAAUAGACACAAAAUUACAACAAUUCCUCGGCUUCAUCGUUGCUGCCGUGGAGGAAAAAUUGUUCUCCCGUUCCUUGAGCAACCUCCAGAGGUGUUGCAAGAUCUUCUAUUUAAUAAAAUAUAUUUAGACAGUAAAAACUACCAGGCUAACAUACGAACAUACAACGCAAUGUUCUCAUUCACCUCCCCCGGAAUGAAAUUCGACACAACAUACUCUAAAAGAGGAGGACCUCCUACUUUGAGACUGCAAGGUCAGACCUGUCAUCGAAUUGGUACACUACUGCCAGAAACCGGAAAAGCUCCGCAAUAUGCUCAAUUAUACAUCUACGACACGGACAAUGAAGUUGAACACAAAAUAAAAUGUUUCAAGGACAACAAAGGCAUCGAGCGCCCCGUUGUCAAUAAGCUCAAGCUAAUGUUAGAUGAGCACAAUGUUCAUGCCAAAGCUUUUAGAAUGGCAAGGGAUGUUUUAAGGACAAGUUCUUUCACAGAUUUAAAACUCAGGCUUAUUUCUGAUAGAUCCGAAGAUGGCCGUGUUUACAACAAACCUACUGUCUCAGAAGUGGCUGCACUCAUUGUGGGAGACAUUGAUUCUGCUGAUAAAAGGGACAUCUUAAUUCAGCGCCGCAAUGGUGGUUUGCAACGAAUAGAUGAGUUUCACCCAUCAUAUUUGGCAUAUCAGUAUCCUCUUAUAUUUCCUUAUGGGGAAGAUGGUUACAGGAAAAAUAUAAUGCACAAAUAUCGCCAUGAAACUGAGGUCACUAGGAAAAACCGUCAGAGCAUUAAGGAUUGGUUUUCUUACCGGUUACAACAACGUCACAAAGAGGCAAAAACACUACUUUACUCAAGGCGUCUAUUUCAACAAUUCUUAGUCGACGAUUAUGCUAUGAUGGAAUCUGAACGACUGAAUUGGAUGAGGGAUAAUCAAUCGAAGUUAAGAGUGGGCCAAUAUAAUAAUUUGACCACUCAAACUGAUGGCGAUAGAAGAAAUGAACACCAGAAGCAAGGAAAACGAGUUGUUUUGCCAUCAACAUUUGUUGGUAGCAAGAGAUAUAUGGAUCAACUAUAUUUUGACGGUAUGGCCAUUUCAAGUCGAAUGGGAUUCCUUGAUUUAUUUGUUACAUUUACCUGCAACCCAAAUUGGCCUGAAAUUAAAAGAGCAUUGUCAGGAACAGGACUACAACCCCAUGAUAGGCCAGAUAUCAUUUCAAAAGUUUUCAAAAUAAAGUUUGAUACCCUCAUGGAUGAUAUUACAAAACACCAUGUCGUCGGAAAAGUUAUUGCAUAUAUGUACACCAUUGAAUUCCAAAAGCGGGGAUUGCCACAUGCGCACAUAUUGAUAUUCCUACACCCUCAGAGCAAAUACCCAACACCAUCUGACAUAGACAACAUCAUUUCUGCUGAAAUUCCCGACCUGACUGUUCAUCCCAAUUUAUACAAGUUGGUUAAGGCACAUAUGAUGCAUGGACCCUGUGGCCUCGCGCGCAUGAACUCACAAUGUAUGAAGAAUGGAAGAUGUUCUAAAUACUAUCCCAAAAAGUUUAUUGAACACACUAUUGUUGAUGCAGAGGGAUAUCCACUUUAUAGGAGAAGAUCAAAAACCUUCACUAUUGAAAAAAAUGGUAUCACCUUGGAUAAUAGACAUGUGGUUCCAUAUAACACCAGAUUUCUUAUGAAACACCAGGCACAUAUAAACAUGGAAUGGUGUAAUCAGAGUACUUCCAUAAAAUAUCUUUUCAGAUAUAUCAAUAAAGGCUAUGAUAGAAUAACAGCAGCAGUUUCAACAAAUAACAAUCAACCUGUUGAAGAAAUCCAACAAUAUCUCGAUUGCAGGUAUGUCUCCCCCAGUGAAGCAUGCUGGCGCAUUUACUCUUACAAUAUUCAUGGCAAAAAACCAGUUGUGGAACGUAUGUUCUACCAUUUGGUUGGGGAGAAACCUAUCUACUAUACAGAUUAUGCACGCAUGGAAAAUGUACUAGAAACUGCAAGUGUGACUGAAUCAAUGUUUACUGCACGGCUGGUGGCAAAUGCUAAAUAUGAAGAAGCACGAACAUUAACUUACGGUCAAUUUGUCUCAAAGUUUGUUUAUCACAAAAAACAAAGAGAAUGGAAACCGCGUAAAAAAGGCUUCACCAUUGGACGUCUCAUAUGGGUUCCGCCAACAGCUGGUGAACUAUUUUACCUCCGCAUGAUGUUGACGGUAGCAAAAGGACCAAUAAAUUAUGAGGAAAUCAGGACAGUGGGUAACAUCCAGUUUGAUACAUUUAGAGAUGCGUGCUUUGCAAUGGGAUUUCUUGAAGACGACAAAGAAUACAUAGCUGCUAUAAAGGAGGCAAGUCAUUGGGGGACAGGUCAUUUUCUUCGAAAACUGUUUGUCGUCAUGCUUUUGUCAGGUGCUGUUAAUCGCCCUGCACAUGUUUGGGAACAAUCUUGGCUCCUAUUAUCUGAUGGUGUCUUACAUACACAAAGAGCGUUGGCUGCAAAUCCAGAAUUAGUCCUCAUACAAGAAGAGUUACAAAAUUUGACUUUAAUAGAAAUUGAGAAACUGCUUCAAGCAAAUAGAAGGACACUAAAGGAUUUUAGUCCUAUUCCAUAUCCGAAUGCUUAUGUUCUUGAAUAG